CACAGACAGAGCCCAGGAGUGGUCGUCAGAGGCAUUGCCGGAAGACCAUAUUCCAGCAGGUCGAGUCGGAGCCAAUCAAAUGGGAAUGAAUAUCAGUGAUGUCGUCAGCGUAUCGCACUGUGACAUGAAGAACGAUUGCCCUUCUUCUGCAUUAGUCAAGGACGAAAAAUGGAGAACGGGGAGAGACCUCGGCAACACGACAGUUGAGCCAUCGAAUAAUCAAAGACCGCCACCGCCUGAUACAAUAAUAGGAAAAUUUGAAUUUGAUGGUGUCAUGGAUGCGGAUGCUGACUGUAAAAACCCAAAGGAAGUUACAAGUCCUCGAUCCAUUGGCGCUCGUCAACAAGGGAGAUCUAUCGACUUCGACCCACCCGAGUUUGCUCGCUGUUUCCGUGAUGCCCUGAACGACUGCCUUGCGAUUCGAGCAGAGACAAGAUUCGAUCUUGAAAAAAUUUUUCAGGAGGACGCCGAAGAUGAUAGUGAACUACACAUGAAGGCUGAGUCCCCUACUAGGACUGCUGGUUUGAAUGCGCGCCAAGACCAGAUUGAAGAAGAACGAGAUAUUGAUGCACAGACGGGUCCUCGAGGU